AUGGGGUUGAGCGGCGGAAAAGGUGGCGCCACUGUCGAGUCCCUAAAGGGGGGUCUUCGGUCUUCCACAGUUUUGGACCGUGCAUGGCACGUCGAGUGCGUGCGCUGUUUCGAUUGCAGAGCCGCGUUGCAGGACAAGUGCUUCUCCAGGGAGGCGAAGCUCUUCUGCAGAAACGACUUCUUCAGGCGAUACGGCACCAAGUGCGGCGGCUGCCUCCAAGGGAUAAACCCACAGGACCUUGUGAGGAAAGCGAGGGACAAAGUUUUCCACCUGAAUUGCUUCACCUGCCUGGUGUGUCGGAAACAGAUGAGCACGGGCGAGGAGCUCUACGUCUUGGACGACAACAAGUUCGUUUGCAAGCAAGACUACCUGUCGGGCAAACCGUUGCCGGACACGCAUCACGUGCACGGUCAUCACGAACCGUCCAACCUGUCGGCAGGCGGAGAUUCGGAAGACGAGGACGAGGACGGUAGUGCUCACCAUCACCAUCACGAUUCGGCCGUACGUGGUGCUCACCUCGGGACCCACAACAUUGGCCCGGGUAGUACUGGUGACCAGACCGUUGGCCACGGUGGCGAACUACCUCUCGGCAGCGAUCCCUGCAAGCAGGAGGACUCCGAGGAUCAAGGUUCCCUGGACGGCGAUCCCGAGACGAGGGACAGUCAGACGGAGAACAAGAGCCCGGACGGCGGCGCCGGUGGUGGCAGCGGCGACGGCGGUGCCGGCUCGAAGCGACGCGGCCCACGGACCACUAUAAAGGCGAAACAAUUGGAGAUCUUGAAGACGGCCUUCUCGUCGACUCCAAAGCCCACCAGGCACAUCAGGGAGCAAUUGGCGAAAGAAACCGGCCUACCCAUGAGAGUCAUACAGGUCUGGUUCCAGAACAAGAGGAGCAAGGAGCGCAGGCUGAAGCAACUGACGUCGAUGGGCAGGAACCCCUUCUUCGGGGGCUCGCGCAAGAUGCGCGGGUUCCCGCUGAAUCUGAACCCAGGCGCCCUCGGAGGCGAGGAUGGACCACCACCCGGUUUCCCGUAUUUUGGCCCGGAUAAGUUCGAAUUCGGCUACGGCGGCCCGGUGGCCUUCCAUCACGAGUUCUUCGGCGCGCAUCCGCCCCCGCAUCCGCACGGACCGCAUUUUGCCGGUACGGGAAAUCCAGGCUUGGACCCGGCCAGUUUAGCGGGCAUGGCAGCCGCAGUGGCGGUGGCAGGGGAAUACCCACCUCCGGGCGCGGGGGGCGGCCCUCCGGAAUUUCUCACGGGGCCCCCCGGGCAGGGGCCCCCUGCGCCCACCGGCGGCAGCCCCGGAGAGUUCCUGGCACCUUCAGGUGGAGGGCAGGGUAAUCCAAGCGGCGGCGGCGGCGGGAACGGCGGUGGUCCGGGUGGCGGUGGCGGUGGCAGUGGUGGCGGGGUCGCGGGCGGCGGGUUCCUGGAGCCGCACCAGAUGCAGAGCGAAGGGCUCGCCUGGUAGUACGAGUUUUAAUUAACGUCCCUUUUAUGAUAAUAACAAUUCCGCCCGCACGCCUAAAACUGAACGGGAUCGCGAGAACGCGCCGCCGAAGCGCGAGAGCGAGAGCGAGAACCAGGAACGGCGACGGCGACAGCAACGGCAACGACGACGAUUGCUGCGGCUGCGACUGCAGCGAUUUCGAGUCCGGAGGGCGACGGAAGGCUCAGCGCUUCGUUGCUUUCCUUCCUACUCCUAGUUUUUCCGUUUCUAUUCGUCCCUGUCCUUUCCAUUCUUUCCGUUUCGCGAUUGCGAUCGAGUCAUGAGAAAUAUCGACUCGCUCUUUGUGUAAGAUAUAUAGAUAUGAAGCGUUUGUCCGCGCGCCUCGAUUCACAGUUAUCGUCGUCGACGCACGGUCGACGCUUAUUAUCGCUAUUGAUUACGCACCUCGGCGCCGCGACGCCGACGUUACUAUUUUCAUUAUUAUUAUUAAUAUUAUUAAUUAUUGAUUAUUAUUAUUGUGUAUAAAAUUCGAAGAUGUCCCUAUCGUGUAAUAUUGUACCCCUCCCUGUUGAUUAUUAUUUUCUUUUCUCGACGUUACUUUGGAGACACCCUGUAGAUAUCUGCUGUUGUACACCUGAUAAUGACACGCGUACACUGAUCGCUAGACACGUACACAUUUUACACGCAACGUCAUACGUGCAUACGAACAGAUACACGGAUACACGUAUCCACACACUUGGACAUGCGCUGUACUAAUAUUAUCAUUAAAGUAUAAAUAUAAAUAGGAAACGUGUAAUUUGUAUCUGUUAAGAGCGGCGAAAUCGAUGUAAAUACACGAGGAACACUCA